AUGGGGACGUAUAGUUUAAGCUUUUUUAGUGUUUUAAUCCUAGCUGUUUUAUGGAGUCCGGCCCUCAGUGAUAAGUGCUCCAUAGCUUGUAAAGGAUCUGCAUCAGCACCAGGUUUUCUCAAUGGACACACAUACACUUAUGGAGUAGAAGGAACAGUAUCAGUAUACCUUACAGGAGUUGAGAAGCAAGAAACAAAUGUCAAGAUUUUCGGUCAGGUUUCCGUUACUGCAUUGGGCAACUGUGCUCAUGCCUUGAAGGUCAACUCUUUGGCUAUUUCUGGUCCCAAUGGCAAGAAAUACCAAGCACCUGCAGGCAUUGACAAGGCAGUUCGCUUCAGUCUGCAAGAUGGUCGCGUUGGAUCCGAAAUUUGUGCUGAGGAUGGUGAUACCAGGUCGUCUCUCAACAUUAAGAGGGCCAUUAUCUCAUUACUGCAGACUGAACAGAAAACUUCAACACAGGUGGACGUUUUCGGUGUGUGCCCCACAGAUGUGUCUUCAUCAGAAGAAGGAAGCUCAGUACUACUCCACAGACGCCGAGAUCUUUCCCGUUGUGCGCAUCGGGAACAGGGCAAGAAUGACUUGAUCACCGCUGUCUACAACCCAACUGCUGAAAUUAAAAACACCCAAAUUCUGCUAUCCAGUUUAAGUGUUGAAACUAAGGUGAACAAAGGAGUACCAGAAAAGAUUGCUGCCACUGAAGACUAUGUAUACAGACCCUUCUCAUCUGGUGAAAAUGGCGCUAGAGCAUCCGUUCACACCAAACUUACCCUCUCUGGAACCAAGAGCGGUGGUGGAAAUGGAGGUAACUGUCCUGUGAGCCGCACAAUCAUUUUUGAGAACCCUCACCAAGGACAUGGAGACCACAGCAAUGCCCAAAAUGUACUGAGUGCCAUUAAGGAAGCUUGCAAGAACCUCGGAAGUGAAGCUGGCUCCAAAUCAGCUGGUAUCUUUGCUCAACUUGUCAGAAUUAUAAGAGUCACUAACAAAGAUGACCUGAUGAAGGUGUAUGGUCAAGUUAAAGGCAGCAAUUUGGAAAAGCGCGUAUUCCUGGAUGGUAUUCUUCGUGCUGGUACCGGCCCCAGUAUCGAAGCUUCGAUCCAGAUCCUGAAGAAUAAGCAGUUGGCUCCUCUUGAAGAGAAACUUGUCUUCCUUUCUCUUGCUAAUGCAAGACAUGUUGACAGCGACACUAUUAAGGCAGCAACUGGUCUUCUUGAUUUGCCCGAUCUACCUAAAGAACUCUAUCUUGGAGUCGGUGCUCUAGCUGGUGCCUACUGCCGUGCUCACAAUUGUCAUUCAGCCAAGACUGAAGGAAUCAUCACCCUUAGCAAGAAGUUUGCAGCCAAAUUACAGAACUGCAAGCCCAAGAGCAAAGUUGAGGAAGAUAAUGUGAUAGCUGUGUUGAAGGGUAUCCGUAAUAUUCGCCAUCUGGAGGACAGUCUAGUCGACAAGCUAGUGCACUGUGCCAACGACAACGGUAUUAAGGCUCGCGUUAAGGUUGCCGCCCUCGAAGCUUUCCAAGCGGAUCCGUGUGCUGCUAAGAUCAAGAAAGUCAGCCUCGACAUUAUGAAGAACAGACAGCUGGACUCCGAAAUCCGUAUCAAAGCUUACCUCGCCGUUAUUGCCUGUCCUUGUGGAAAGUCAGCCAAUGAAAUUAAGGCUUUAUUGGACUCCGAGCCAGUUCACCAAGUUGGUCGUUUCAUCACAACAUCUCUGCGUCACAUUCGUGCGUCGGCUAACCCCGACAAACAACUGGCUAGACAACACUAUGGUCUCAUCUCCACACCUAGCAAGUUCAAUAUUGAUGACAGGAAAUACUCCUUCUACCGCGAAUUCUCCUACAACGUAGAUGCUCUCGGUGCUGGUGGAAACCUGGAGCAGACUGUGAUUUACUCCCAAGACUCGUUCAUUCCACGAUCUGCCUCUUUCAACCUUACCGCUGAAAUCUUUGGACACAAUGUCAACGUUUUUGAGAUUGGCGGACGUCAAGGUAACUUAGACAGAGUGGUCGAACAUUUUGUCGGUCCACGUGGUAUCUUAAGGACACAGAAACCUCAAGACAUUUAUGAUAACAUAGUUAAGCGUGCUGAAGAAGCUUUCAAGAAGGUCGAUGGCAACUUGAGAGGACGCCGCUCGAUUAAGAGUGAAAUUGACAACUUUGAUAAGAACUUGAAAGCUGAAUCCGUCCCAUACAACAAUGAACUAGACUUGGAUAUGUACCUGAAACUCUUCGGUACUGACGCCAUUUUCUUAUCGCUCGGUGAUGACAAGGGCUUCGAUUUUAACAAGGGUCUUGAUCAAGUAUUAAAGAUCUUCAACGAUGGUGUUGAAAAGGUCAAACACUUCCAGCAAGAAGUACGCGCUCAUAUGCUGUUCUUGGAUGCUGAACUAGCAUACCCCACUUCAACUGGUCUCCCCAUCAAACUGGACGUAGUUGGAUCAGCAACUGGACGUGUAGAUGUUUCAACCAACAUCGAUUUGAAACAGAUCAUCCGUUCACCACAAAAUGCGAAAGUUGACAUCAAAGUCGUUCCUAGUACUGAUAUCGAAGUAUCCAUGGUGAUGAUGGUCGAUGCAAACUUAGUUAACGCUGGUAUCAAGGGAAUUGUCAACUUACAUUCUUCCACUGGUGGUCACUUGAUUGCGAAGGUUAUCGACAACGGCCAAGGGUUCGACCUUCAGUUUGGUUUACCAAUUGACAAACAAGAAAUUCUCACGGCUUCCAACGAGCUGGUGUUCUUUACGGCAGAGAUUGGGCAGCUUGAGAAACAGACACCAAUUAAGGUGGAUGCCGACAAAAAAGAGUAUUCAGGAUGUUUCGAUCAGCUAUCAGGAAUGUUGGGUCUGACGCUGUGUGGAGAAUUCUCGGUUCCGUUCACUUUCUCAGGAUCAGAAGCUCAAGCGUCUAUCGCUAAGUUCCUGGCUAGAUAUCCGGUUGUGGGCCCAUCUAAAAUCCGCGUCGCUUUGGAAAAGAACGAUCUCCGUGGUUACCACAUCAAGGGUGCGUUCAGAAAUGAUGCAGACAAUGGAAAGUAUGGCGCUGAGCUUCUUCUUGAAGCAGAAGGUUCCCAAAAUCGUCGUACACAUCUCUCUGGUGACAUCAUCAAUAACGCCGAAGAAAAGUCUGUGAAACUGUCUCUCGAAUCACCCAUCAAGAAUUUGUAUGCUCAACUGUCCCUGUUCACAAAAUCAAAUGAACAAGCUAUAUUGGCUAAAGCUAAAAUGGAUGAUAUGCAAUACUAUGCUAGAGCCGGAUUCACCGCUUCUGGUAAUGACAGACGAAGGGUUUGGAAGCCAAUUUUGGAGUAUGAGCUGCCAGAUAAGAACGGAAAACAGAACCUCAAGAUUGACGGACAGUUGAUUCAAGAAAUUAACGGUCCGGCUACUCGUUACACACUGGAGGGCAUUAAGGUCAUUAUUCCCAACUCCAACGAACCGGUUAACAUGGAAGGUCACUUUAACUAUGAACCUAAGCUCUUGGAACUGGACCUUAAGGCCAAAAAGGGUCAGCACAACUUGCUGCUCAGCGGUUCUCUAAAGGGCAGUGAUGCCAAACUUGAGUUCCAGAACACACUUAACCCCUAUGUCAACUUCAAACUUAACGGACACUUUGAGAACACUGAAAAUCUCUACCACAACGACCUUGAUCUGUACUACGGAGGUGAUCUUCGCAACUCGCAAAACCGUGUCACAUUCAACCAACUCCUUAAAUGGGCUGAUGCUACCAAUGUCAUCACCAAAAACAAAUUUGAAAUCCACGCCCUCCCGAUUAAAGCGCAAUUCGAUUUGGAAUACGAUCCUAAGAAAUUCGAUUUGGAUGUAGAAGGUAUCUACGUUGACCGCAAAUUCGAUUUUGAGAUUAACGCGCGCACCGCAAUCAAAAAAGUUGGCGACUACAGAGUAAAAAUCCUGUUGACUCUUGACAAACAAUCUGUAGAAGCAUUCGUAAAGAGAGAUAUAGUUUCACCCGAUAAAUCUAACUUGGAAAAUUACAUCGAAGUCAAGAAUAUGGGCAAAUAUGAGCUGUCUGGAGUUGUAUUGCACAAGAACAAACCUAAUGAUGUGAAUAUUGGAGCGAUUGGACACUUAAAGCUUGCAGGUGGUGAAUUAAAGGAAGAUAUCAACUUCGACGUGGGUGUACUCGAAAAUAACAACCUUUACACAAGUCAUGCUAAAAUUUCUCGCGCCAAGGACGGUACGAUUGUGGACUUCCUCUCUAAAGUCAACCGUGGUGACAACCCCAAUGGCCAGCUGAAAUUACUCCUGAAGGAUACUGUCAAUGCCAACGGACACUACCAAGUGACGGACAACUCAGGCAAAGGAAACGGAGUCUUCAUUAUUGAAUUUAAACAGGCUCAACGUAAAAUCAAGGCAGAUGUCAAGUUCGUGUCAAAGGAACCAGUUUACAACGCAGAUGUCGAGGUAUUCCUGAACUUCGAGAAGGACAACAAUGACAAAUUACACUUCUCCACGAACAACAAGAAAACUGAAAAAGCCAUCGACUCCAAGAACAAGCUGGAAUACAACGGCAAAAAGGGAGAACUGAACAUCCACAACAAUGGUGAGCUCUUCGGCGUAGCUAAGGGCGUCGCUGAAGUUGAAAUUGUCUUGCCCACUGAAAGAUGCCUCACUUUCAAACUAGACCGCGACGUCACUAGUAAGAACAGUGUCUACAGCGGAAACGCAGAACUUUUCCUAUCCGACGCUUCCAAACGCGGUGGAGCUGCAUCUACAAUCCAAUACAAGGGAAAACUUGUCGACACCGAUUUUGAGAACUCCUUUGAUUACGAAGGCUCCGUCCAGGUCCGCCUUGCAGAUGGACGGGACUUUGUCAACUCUGUAUUAUUCAAGGAUGUACCUAACGGAGACAAGAACGACGUCAAGUUUAAGGCCGAUGCAUCUGGAAGCCUGAUGCCAAAGAAAGCCCUCAUCGAUGGAAGCUUAUCAUACUCGGGAUUAAAGAUGGUUGAAGCGUGCCACCUCAAAGCAAGCUAUGGAGACGAUCUCUCCACCGAAUUGGUUGGAUCUUUCGUAGCUAACUUCCCUGCCAGUGGAGAAAAGAAAUUCUUGAACGACUGGUCCGCUUCAUUCCGUUUGCCAGUGGAAAAUGCACAUGACAUCAAAUGGGUUUCCAAUUUCCUCUAUUUACAACCGGAGGGUAAGGACGCUGAGGUAACAGUCAUCGAGUCAAUCCAAAUCAACGGUGACUUAUACAAAAUUGAUGGAAAUGGUAAAUUCAAUGAGAAAGAUGGUAACAGCAAGCUGAAGGUUAUAGUACCACACAAUGACCCUGUCGUCCUUGAUUUCGGUUACAAGGCCGUUCUUCAAGGUGAUGAAAAAGGAGGUAGUUUUGAUUUCAAAGCACAAUAUGGAAAGGGCAAAACUGUCAAUGUCGGCGUCCAAGCAGUAGCUGCACCUAGAGACUACAAAAUCGGUGUUGAUAUGUACGCACCGCAGAACGAUAAGCUUAAAAGACUAUCAGUCAACAUCCAGAACAAGAACCCGACUCCAAACACGUACAACUCCCUGAUGCUCAUCAGCGUAGACGACCGCGUCUACAAAUCUGAAUCUAUUAUGGUCUUGUCAAACCGCCAACCUUCUAUUGACUUCAAGUAUGCUGGACCCAACUCACAAAAGCCCACCAGAAUGGUCAUGAAAGGAGACAUUGAAAUCAACCGUGGACAAGUCGAAGUGAAAUUGGAAAACUUCCGUAACUUUGACUUGGACUCAUCAUUUGAGGCCGCAUUCGAGAAGGACAUCAUGGUCAAGUUCUACGGUAACUCUGAGAAGCUCGAAUUGAAGAACUACAAAUUGGACAUAACCACGAAGGACGCUGGUAACGGCAAGCGCUUAGAGUUCAGCGCUGUUAACGAUAACAAGAACAUUCUUAGUGGAAGCACCUCAUUUAUCAAGAAAGAAGAAGGGCCCAAGACGAUCAUCGAAGGUUCUGGAACGCUCAAAGUUAAAGAUACUCAGAAACCAGCUAACUUCAAGUUCAUCCGCACUAUGCUUACUGAAGGCGCCGAACAAGGAGUUGAGACGUUCAUAAACGUAGCGGUAGGAGAACGCAACCAUGUCGCGGAAUCCCGCAUUACAAACCUGGAGUACAAGAGCUCGUAUGUCUACUGUGAGGAGAAGAAGCAAUGCGCACACGCAGAGUUGCAUUCCAAGAUUAACGUAAACCAACCCGGAGUAGUCCAGCACUUGUUCAACGUUGGUUUUGAUCUGCGCAAACUUGGCUUCGCCACCGAGUUUGGUCUGGAAGUCAGUAACGAGUUCUCGGACAAGAUGUUCCCUCAAUACCUCCUCAAUUUGCACGUCAAUCGCGAGACAGACAAGAUCCACGUGAACGCAUACAGCAAACCCGAGUUUGGCAAAUUCCCAGCUGGUGUCACCAUUUCCCUGCCCAAACGCGUCUUUGCAGUGGAGACCUUAGUUCAAUACCCAACAGACAAGUCUCUGCCCUUCCCCGUUCGUGGUGAGCUUAGUCUCUACCCAGACAAGAACAGGCCGGAAACCAAGACUGGUGCUCGGUUCCUGGUUGACGUUCACACCAACGAGCAAGGCGGUGAUGGUGUAGCUGAAAUUGGAUUCGUUCACCCGAAAAUACGAAAGGAAGCACUUAUUCGAGUACGUGGAGCCGUCCAACGUCCAGCUGAAAACGCCAUCAAGAUUUCCAGUUCUGGACUCGUCUCCCACCCAAUCCUUGGAAACGACCGCAAGACUGAAUUCAACUUGGAAGCCAACCCAACACACGUAAAACUUUUGUGGGACACACCUAUCGUGAAAGUGAUCGAUCUUGAAGGUUCAGCGGUGGUCAAGGACAACUUACAACAAGCAGAUGUUCGCUUCAGCCUCCUCCAAUUGAAACCUGUGCAAAUAUACGGUGUUAUCAAGGACUAUCAAUACUACGAGUUCACUACCGGAUACAGUGACGAGAAGGAACGCAAACUUUCCAUCAUCGCUCACGUUGAACCAGAAAAACGUGCCGAUUUCUCUGUAGACAUCGUUGUGCCUGGACAGAAGAUGAACAUCAUUAACGCCGCACUCUUUAUGCAAGACAACGAAGUUAAAUCCAAAUAUGGACUCUCAAGGGACAAUUACAACCACUUCUUGACUGCAUUCAGAAAGGACCUAGACACGCUCCUUGUGAAAUUCAAAGAGAUCAAUGACAAGACUAGCGACGAAAUGAAGCAGACACUGAAGCGAAUCGAGCCAAAAGCCAAGGAAUUGGAGCAAAUGUACCGCGAAGACUUCCAGAAGCUGAUGCAAGAGAUCACCAAUGACAAAACCAUUAAGGAACUAUCAGAAGCUGCGCACGACUUGAUCCAAAUCAUCGCCAAAAUGAUCGACGAAGUAGUAACCGUUACCAAGCCCCUCGUCGACAAAUUCAUUGAAGCAGUUACAGACGUCAGUAAGAAGAUAUGUGAAAUGUAUGAAAAGCAGAUCGAGCCUCAACUUAAGGAGUUAUACUCUAACAUCUCUGCCGUUGUACGCGAGUACUUGGACGGCAUUAUUGACACCGUAGCCCAUAUCUCUGCGAUUGUCAUCGACUUCUUUGAGAAGCACAAGCCCGAAGUUGACGAACUCAUCAACACCGUAUCUAACAUCUUCAAGGAUAUUGCGCGCAUAAUCUUCGCUCAAAUGAAGGAAUGGCGUGUACGCGCUUCUCAAAUAUUUGCUGAUGUCUCUCAACAGAUUAGCGACAUUCCCAUCUUUAGUAUGAUUAAAGAAAAGUGGCAAGAGCUAGCUGUACCAGAACAAGCGAUGGCCUUACUCCAGGAAGCCCAACAAACAAUCCGUGCCUUCUUACCGACUGAAGAAUCUAAGAAGUUCGCUGAUGCUCUUUUCAAUUACGUGCAGAAGAAACUUCGCCAAGAGAAGAUGGAUGAACAAGCAGAGCUGAAGAUUGUGUACGAAAAGUUUGUGGUGGCUGUUACAUCUCUGGUACAAUAUGUCCGUACCAACCUCAACCAGAUGGGAAUUUCUACUGCACCCUUCAUUGGACUUCCAUCAUUAUCUGGUGCUAACGGUGUAGCUGCACCGACCUUCGGUGGAUCAGCGGCCCUUAGCUUCGUCACACAACUCAUCCAAGGAGACAUUCCUAAUCCCUUACAACUCUUUACCACUUACCGCCCACGUAGCUUCAACCCACUGGAUGAAGUUCCAUCUAAGAUGCGUGGUGUCAUCGUGAACGGCCAACACAUCUUCACAUUCGACGGCAGACAUCUGACAUUCCCUGGUAAUUGCCGCUACGUUCUUGCCCACGACCACGUCGACAGGAACUUUACACUGAUGAUGCAAUUGCAAAACGGAAACCCUAAGUCUCUUAUCCUGGAAGACAAGAACGGUGCUGUUAUUGAACUUAAGGAGGGUGGACAGGCAACUAUCAAUGGCGCGAACCAUGGAUAUCCAAUCGUCGAGAAAGACUCUUUCGCUUUCAAACAGGCUAACGGUCGCAUUGGUCUCGGCUCGCUUUACGGUAUCAUGGCGUUCUGUACGGGAAAACUUGAAGUGUGCUACUUUGAAGUAUCUGGCUUCUACCUUGGAAAAUUACGAGGUCUCCUUGGAGAUGGAAAUAACGAACCGUUCGAUGACUUUAGGCUUCCUAACGGAAAGAUCUCAACAUCAGAAAGUGAAUUCGGUAACGCAUACCGUACUGCUGGCAGUUGUCCCCAAGUAAAGACCCCUGAACAUUCCCACCACCAGCUCCACUCAUCUAUGCCACCCGCUUGUGAGACUGUCUUUGGUGGAUCAUCACCACUCAGGCCCUUGUCUGUUGUCCUCGAUAUUGCACCAUUCAGGCAAGCUUGUAUCCAUGCUGCAUCUGGCGAAGGAGAAGCAGCCCUACACCAGGCGUGUGACUUGGCUCGCGGUUACGCCGCCCUUGCUCUCACUGGAAUGCUCCCAGCUGUUCUACCCGCACGCUGUGUCCAGUGCAAUGAUGCUGAUAAACCGAGGGAAGUUGGAGACGUCUACGAGUUCAAGGUUCCCGCUAAGCAAGCUGAUAUUAUCGUCUCAAUCGAAAUUACCAAGUUGAACGAACAGAAUUACAAGGACCUGAUUGUGCCUCUCGUCGCGCAAGUUAUCGACGGGCUCAAGAGCAAACGCAUUUCUGACAUCAAAGUCUACUUAGUCGGACUCACAUCUAAAUACCCAUACCCCAUUCUGUACGAUACUGACCUGAAACUGAAGAACGCAAAGGUGGUAUUCGAUGAUGAAAGCCGCUACGAAAACUUCGAAGGAAUCGCCACUGGCAACAAAUAUUUGGAUACAGCGCAAGAAAUGGUCUUUGACAUCAUUGAGUCGUUGCAUUUGAGACUUGGAGUCACCAACAUAAUGACUUCAUACAACUCGAUAAUGGAACUGCCACUUAGACCUGGCGCAGUCAAACAUCUCAUCAGCUCCAUUGGAGGACGUUGCGUACCGCAAUUGUUUAUUGUUGAAGCUUUACGCACUGCCGCUCAAAGCAUCUGGAUGGAAAACAACGCGUACAGUGUAUCGAUCGUUACUGAAACUGCCAAAUUCGCCCCUGUCGGAGGCAAGCCUGUUGUUGGUUUCUCUCAAAACGCUGUUCUUGUGCUCGGGGAUAAGAAACAGAAGGACACCUCAGACUUGAGGGCUAACCUUGACAUUGGAGAGGCAGAUGGCUGCGUAAACUUUGCAGAAGAUACCGAUGGAUUCGUCUUCUCGGCAACCACCUACCGGGAGAUGAACCCAGCGCAGCGUAAGCAGUUCUUGCAGACAGCAGCCGCUUCUGUCACCAACAGAAUGCUUCAGUACUCCUCGGUACAGUCCUGCACUUGCACCUACGUUGACCCCUUCAGAGUUCGCUCCGUUUGCGUCUCAAAGGAUCGGAAGGAUGCUACUCGCAGAAGAAAGUAG